AUGUUUGACGUCGACUGGAGCGACCCUAACAGGGAGUCCGUUGGCGACCGUAGGGCCAGGAAGCAGAAGGAGAAAGGCAAGGGCAAAGGCAAGGAAAAGGACGGCCACAAGGACGCCGCCACCGCGAGCAGCCUGAAUGAGGAUGACGACAGCGAGCAGUACCAGAAGCUGGACGACCACCUGAGCCAGGGCGGCGGCACUCGGACGUCUGGAUCGGUGCGCACCUCUGUGUCCUCUGUGGACAAGCAGUUCGGCUUCUUUGGUGGCAAACAUCGCCACAAGGGCGGCUCGUCAUCCUCGCGCAAAGGCAACGCCAAGUCGGUGGCAAGCUCGUCGCUGCGGUCUCCGACGAUCGACGAGAAGCUUGGUGAUGAGAGGGUGUCAGUGUCAUCCAGCAGCAGACGGCCAGACACAGGUGGCGGUGGAGUGGAAGAUUCACCAGGGCUUCCGUCUAAGCGCUUCUCCACAUGGCUAAAAGGAGACCAGGUUUCGCAGACUCUGUCUUCACCAGGCCGUACCAGUCUAUACCAGGAGCUCACGGAUGGGUGUUCCAUGAUCACCAAGACCACCGUGACCACCAUCAGAGACCGGACCCAGGAGCACAGCGACUUUCUUGUGUCCCAAGUCUACAUCUCUGCUGGAGAUGAUGACCACCGCCCGCCAUCCAGACCAUCCUCUUCCAAGUCACCCGCCUCGCAGACUCCUACGAACUUCUCCGAAGUGGUUCACCUACCUCCCGCGGUCGAAACAUCCCUCCAGAAGAACAUCGACGAGUCGCACACCCUGCCUGUCAUCGCAGAAGGCUCCUCCGAUGCUAAGAGUGUGGAGGCCGGCCCUUCUUGCGCCAAGCAGCAGCCACACCACCAGAAACGCGUCCACACCCGUCCCAAGCUGAGCGCGCCCGCCAUCUCCCCAGCCACGAUGCGGCCGACCGAAAAGCCAGACACCUGGAAGGCCCCAAACGACUGGGCCAUCAGCUCGACUGAGUCUGCCCUCUCGGGCCCUCCUGAGGAGUCCUUCGACCCCGCAGCAUCCGACCAGCACGCCUCCGCUACACUGGAUAUCGCCCACGUGCAGCGCGAGACGGAGCGCAUGUUGCGUGCCUCGCCCAGGGUCGUUUUGAUGCAUCUCAACGGCCAGAGAGGGGUGACCAGCAACAUUCCUGUUACUACUAUCCAGAGUGCUGCGUACGCAGAUGAUCACCACCAACGCACCGAUGCGCAGCGAGCCAACGAUGUCGCGUUGGUUUACAAGGAGCGAGAGAUGGAGAGGAAGCGCUGGCUGCUGACUGCUCUCUACAACAUGGAGACGAUCUGGGUUCCCGAGGACCAACUGUCCGGACCGGCUGUGAGGCCCAGCGUUCAGAAGGUUCUUGCUCUGUUUGAGAGCUCAGCCACCGCAUCAUACCUGGCAGGAAUUAACAUCUCGACCCCAGUCUACCACCUCUCGCCCGAGCCCCUCAGCCACAAGCACUACCCAAACAUCCACCCCAUCAUCUGCCCGACCAUCUCGGUCUCGAUGCUCGCCCUGGCCACCGAGUCCUUCUCCUCCGUCUCGUGCCUGCUCAUGACCUCCAUCCUGCCGUCCGCCGAGAUCCCCAAACUGCUGCAGGGCAUCCACCGCAUCCUCGCCUCCGGAGGCUACCUGCACAUGGUCAUCAUCGACCCGUGGCCUGUAGCCCGGUCCAUGGGCCCGCUCCUGCAGAGCUGGAUCGACGGCAACCUGGUGUUUAACCUGGAGCUACAGUUCAGGGUCGGCCACCCGAGUAGGAACUUCCCCGUCUGGCUUGAGGAGGCCAGGCUGCGCGGUAAGGGGAGCAUCAUCACCAACGCGCGGUUCCUCGCCGUCUCUCAAGGGGGUCACCACCAAAGUGGCGGCAGUGGCGGCAGUGGCGGUGGUGGCGGUGGUGGCGGUGGUGGCAGCAGCAGCACCGGGUCGGACACCCCGUCCAUCACUCGGGAGCUGCGCACCACGGUCGGCCGUCUGCUGUGGCAGGAGAUCUGGGGCUCGUUCGUCACGGGCGAUAAUUGGUGGUGGGAGAUACCCGAGAUUGUCGACGAGUGCGUUGAGCACAAGACCUACUGGGAGUAUAGCAUCAUCGCCGCCUGCAAAGCCUCUGAGGAUUGA